CGUUCAUUGAAGGCCACCUACCGGAAUUUCUAACGGUCCUUAUAGUUCGGUUACAUGUUGAUUUGUCUGUGUGGUUGAAUUUCCGUGAACAACUUGACAGCGCGGUUGUCAGUGCCGAUAGACCUUCAAUUGUAUAAGGUAGGUACUUUACUUUACUCGUAUACUUUAGGCUACCUUACCUUACCUCUUCCACAAUGCCGUAUUCCCUUACCGUCAAAAAGACAGAGGGAAAGCCCGGUAGCGUCUACUACCCCCUCCAACUCAAACAAGUCCCAAGACCAACUCCUGGGCCCAACGAUGUCCUCGUCAAGAUCGCCGCAGCCGCUCUCAACCACCGUGACCUCUUCAUCCGUCGCCAUCUGUACCCCGGCAUCUCGUUCGAGCACCCCCUCCUCAGCGAUGCCUACGGCGUCGUAGUAGAGGCCGGCCCCGGCGCCUCCCCCACCCUCCUCCACAAACCCGUCAUCCUGAACCCGACGCGAGGCUGGGACUCCGACCCCAUGGGCCCCGAAGACCCGGCCAGCUUCACAGCCGUCGGCGGCAGCAAGCUCACCCCCGCCGGCGCCGCCCAAGAGUUCAUCGUCGUCCCGGCCUCCGAGGUCGAGCUCGCCCCGGACCACCUAACCCCCUCCGAAGGCGCCGCCCUCCCCCUCGUCGGCCUGACCGCCUGGCGCGCCCUCGUCACCAAGAGCAACGCCGCCUUCCCCGGCGCCAACCUCCUCAUCACCGGCAUCGGCGGCGGCGUCGCCCUCCAGGCCCUCCAGUUCGCCGUCGCCCUCGGCUGCCGCGUCUUCGUCACCUCGGGCGACCCGGCCAAGAUCGACCGCGCCCGCGCCCUCGGCGCCGUCGGCGGCGCCUCCUACCGCUCCCCCACCUGGGACAAGGACCUGCGCGCCCUGCUCCCCGCCGACCGCCCUUUCCUCGACGCCGUCAUCGACGGGGCUGGCGGCGACGUCGUCGCCCGCUCCGUCCGCCUGCUUCGCCCCGGCGGCGUGAUCAGCCAGUACGGCAUGACCGUCUCCCCCAAGAUGGACUGGCCCAUGCAGGCGGUCCUGAACAACAUUGAGCUGCGCGGUUCCACCAUGGGAUCGCGCGCCGAGUUCAAAGCCAUGGUGGACUUUGUCCGCGAGAAGAAGAUCCGUCCUGUUGUGAGCCGCGCCGUCCGGGGUCUGGAGAACCUCGAGGCCAUCGAUGGCCUCUUUAAGGACAUGCGCGAGGGCAAGCAGUUUGGCAAACUCGUCAUUGAGAUAGAUUCGAUAGAUUCCCCUGAUUCGGCCUCCAAGUUGUAAACAUGCAAAAGUGCAAAACGAAGAAAGGCCUAGAUGCCCAAAUUUGUUGUUCUGUAGACAUGCAUUGUAUGUACCUAAUAUAUACACGCGUGCAAUUUAUCCCUUAAAAGGGGUGUCAUUGGCACGAUCCCACCAAGACAAGGAUAGAGAAGUUCACACAUCUAAAGGGGG